GUCGCUGCGUGUCGCUGGCAGUGUGAACGCAGCUUCAACACUACAGACUGUGGGCGGAGGAAGGGAGGGGCUGGCACUGCAAACCCAGCUCAAUCGCGGUCCCCGCACACACACUUCCAUCCGGACCGGAGAUACACCGUGAAGGGCGAGCCGGACACUUUGGCCGUUAUUUCAUCUCGCCUUUCAUCUCCAUUUAUAACCAACUAUCUGUCUGAUGUAGACACGGAGCUGCGUGUACAUUGCAACCAGGUGUUGAUUCAAAGUAGCCGACGGCGUUGUUAAGAAGACGGGACACAAAGACUCCGCGGACACAGUGGAUCAGCUGGACUUCUUGACCUAACGCUUUCGGAGGGUUAUUUGUGUAGCAAAUGUGGGUUUAAAAGAGCCUCUGGUCGUUAGAUGAAUCGCCAGGGAACAAAUGUUAAGAUGGACCUGAGGGCGCUCCUAAUCUUAGUUCUGCUUGGACUCUUCUCACUCAGCAGAGCACAACUAGAUGGAAAUGAAUGCACCAAAGCCUCUGCCCAGUCCUGUGGAGAAUGUAUUCAGGCCGGAGAGAAGUGUGGCUGGUGUACAGAUGUGAACUUUCUGAAACAGGGCGAGCAGAAGUCAACUCGUUGUGAUGAGAUCGAUUCUCUGAUCAAGAAGGGCUGUUCUCUGACUAGCAUAGAAAAUCCCCACGGAAAUGUUACCAUCAACAAGGAUCUACCUGUAACAAACCGCAAAUUAGAAGGUGAAAAACUGAAGCCAGACCAGAUUACCCAGAUUCAGCCACAGAAACUCACUGUAGACCUGCGAUCAGGGGAAACUCAGACGUUUAAUUUGAAGUUUAAAAGGGCUGAAGAUUAUCCCAUAGAUCUCUACUACCUGAUGGAUCUCAGCUACUCUAUGAAAGAUGAUUUAGAGAACGUUAAAAACCUUGGGACUGACCUGAUGAAGGAAAUGCAAGUGAUCACGUCUGACUUCAGGAUUGGCUUUGGCUCCUUUGUAGAGAAAACAGUUAUGCCAUACAUCAGCACUACACCUGCCAAGCUUCUAAACCCCUGCACAUCAGACCAGAACUGCACCAGCCCAUUCAGCUAUAAAAACGUGCUCAGUCUGACCUCUCAGGGAUCCAGGUUUAAUAACCUUGUUAGCAUGCAGCAGAUCUCAGGAAACCUGGACUCUCCAGAGGGAGGGUUUGACGCCAUCAUGCAAGUGGCUGUCUGUGGGAAUCAGAUCGGCUGGAGGAAUGUAACACGCCUGCUUGUAUUUUCCACGGAUGCUGGAUUCCACUUCGCUGGAGAUGGAAAACUGGGUGGCAUCGUACUCCCUAAUGAUGGGAAAUGCCAUCUGGAGAAUAACAUGUACACCAUGAGCCACUACUAUGACUACCCAUCCAUCGCUCAUCUGGUUCAGAAACUAAGUGAAAACAACAUUCAGACCAUUUUUGCAGUAACUGAAGAGUUCCAGCCUGUUUACCAGGAACUGCAAAACCUCAUUCCAAAGUCUGCUGUGGGAACACUAUCCUCAAACUCUAGCAAUGUGAUAAAACUCAUUAUUGAUGCAUAUAAUUCUCUGUCCUCUGAGGUCAUUCUGGAAAAUAGUAGGUUGCCUGAGGGUGUGUCCAUCUCCUACAUCUCACACUGCAAGAAUGGGGUGAGCGAAAAAGGAGAAAAUGGGAGGAAGUGCUCCAACAUCUUAAUUGGGGAUGAGGUGGCGUUUGAGGUAGCAAUUACUGCUAAAGGUUGCCCAUCUAAUGGUAGAUCAGAGACUAUAAAGAUUAAACCACUGGGCUUCACCGAGGAGGUGGAGAUCGUCCUUAAAUUCAUCUGUGAAUGUGAGUGUCACAAAGAAGGUAUCCCGAACAGUCCAGCAUGUCACUUCGGCAAUGGAACAUUGGAGUGUGGAGCAUGCAGGUGUAAUGAGGGACGUAUUGGCGGGGAUUGUGAAUGUAGCAAAGAUGAGGUGAGGACAGAGGAUCUGGACGUAAACUGCCGCAUGGAUAACGGGACGGAUAUUUGCAGUAAUAAUGGAGACUGCGUUUGUGGAACAUGUGAAUGUAAGAAAAGAGACAAACCAGAGGAGAGGUACAGCGGCAAGUUCUGCGAGUGUGACAACUUCAGCUGCGACCGCUCCAACAACAAGCUCUGUGGAGGGCAUGGUCAGUGUGAGUGCGGAAAGUGUAUCUGUGAUGCUAAUUACACAGGCAGUGAAUGUGACUGCUCUAUGGACACCUCAACCUGUCUAGCCAGUAACAAACAAAUCUGUAACGGUCGAGGCACCUGUGAGUGUGGCAAGUGUAAGUGUACUGACACAAAGUUCCAGGGCCAAACCUGUGAAAUCUGUCCAACCUGCCCCGGAGUUUGCACUGAACACAAGGAGUGUGUUCAGUGUCAAGCAUUUACCACGGGUGAAAAGAAAGAUAAAUGUAAUGAUGACUGCAGCUACUUUAUUCUGAAGAAGGUGAAGAAGAAGGAAGAACUUCCUCAGCCAAACGACCAGCCCUACAUCAACCACUGCAAAGAGCGGGACGCUAACGACUGCUGGUUCUUCUUCACCUAUGCUACCAAAAACGACAGCACUGUUGAGGUUCAUGUGGCAGAGGAUAUUGAGUGCCCUUCGGGCCCUGACAUCAUCCCAAUUGUAGCGGGAGUGGUCGCAGGAAUUGUUCUGAUCGGUUUAGCUCUUCUGCUCAUCUGGAAGCUGCUCAUGAUUAUUCAUGACCGGAGAGAGUUCGCCAAAUUCGAGAAAGAAAAGAUGAAUGCCAAGUGGGACACGCAAGAGAACCCCAUAUACAAGAGCCCCAUUAAUAACUUCCAGAAUCCAAGUUAUGGAAAUAAAGGGUGAGAAUCCAAUUUACAAGAGCGCUGUGACCACGGUGGUGAACCCCAAAUAUGAGGGCAAGUAAUGGACAAAUCUGUCCAUCUUCAAGCAACACUGUAUGAAAAACAAUUCAAGAGGAAAAUAAUAGUUUGAAGUUCCCUUUAGUUUCUUUUUUUGUUUUUGAAUCACUUUUUGUCUGUGCAAUUGCCACUGUUCAGUAUAAUCUAUUAACCUGUGUUUCUAUGCAUCAUUUUGGAACUGUACAGUAUGUAUAAACUUGAGUGUUUACUUUUUUUUUUAAUGCAAUUUUAUUUUUUGGUUUUAGCCAUUGGUCUGUUGUGCCUUGUUUUUCUGUUUAAAGCGAUCAUGGUUUGUAAUAUGUGGUCAUUUAGGGAAUAAGAAUGUUAUCCACAAAGAACAGACACAAUCUGAUGUUAUAAUCUGGAGUUGUCGUACAUACCAGCUUCAGUCUGUUAUAAACAUGACAUAUAUGACAGUAAUUACUGAAGUCAACUGAAUAAAAUGCUGUGUCUCCUUGAUGGUACAGGAAGCUUUUAAACCUGUGGCUGGAGUGUACUGACCACUGCUGUUUGAAUUCAAGGUGCUCUUCAUGUAGACACAGAGAUGAUGCUCUGUGCUGUCUGCAUAACUCUGGGUGAUUAGAGUCCAGUGUAUAAUGUUUAGAUCUUUGUGACUGGUUCAUUGUGCAGACAUGCAACGCAUUGCCUUUCUUAGGUCAGGAUCCCAAGUCAGAUGGUUGAGACCUAUCUAUAGUGUGAGCAUGUCAUGCACAUUGAUCAUUUUUACAUUGAUAAGAUUUUUUAUAUUGUUAAUUAAAUCAUGCAAAAAAGUCUGUCACAAGCUUUUUUUUUUUGUUGCCAACCAAUCAGAGCAUUGUGUUUUGAUUUAAAUGUCUUUGACUUCACAAAAUCUGAGUUUGUCUGGUGUGACCAUUGGAAAGAUUUUGAAAAACAUUAGAGGGACAUUUUUAAUGUUGUGAAUGGAACAAUUAACUGUUGCUUUUUCAUUAUUAAAAACCUACUGUAAGUGUACAGUCAUGAAAAAGAACUUUUUAUAUUCGUUUUAAGGACGAAAACUCAGGUCCCUUAUUUCCCUUUAUUACUGAUGCCAAAUAUUUACCGUCUACUGUGCAAGAACUAUAUUUUAUUAUGUUGCGUCUGUUAAUAUCUGUAACUGGACUUGCUUCUCAUUUGUUUGUCUUUUUCCUUUUUAACAUCAUUGUCCAGAAAGAGACAUGAUGUGACUAACUUUUCAGAUUAUUGUUGGUAAAGAACAGUGUUAUGAGUAGGAUUACUUAUUUUGUUUUGUUUUUUAACUUUUUUAAUCUUUAAAGCUUUGAAAAACGUAAUCACAUUACACACACUUUCAUUUUUUUAUUUUUUAUUUUAAAGUGCCUUUUUUCAUUUGUGCAUCAUGCCCAUGUUAAAAUCCUUUUUUUAUUUAUUAAAAUAAAGACGUGAAAACACUGGAUUGUGUUGCUAACUGUGUA